AUGGAGUGGAUUGGGAAGAGAGUUAAGUCCCGGAGCAGGCAGCGUCUUCAGGUGGUUAAUAAGCGGAAGAAGAUGGAGGUAGAAGCUCCUGUGAUAUCUCCUCCAAAGAAACGAAGGCCGAGAAGAAGAAAAGACCCCGAUUCUGACGUUGAGGACAUCACACCUACUUACCACAACCGUCUUCCUCCUCCUGUUCAAGAAAAUGACAGGUACUCUGCUGGUUUAAGGGCUGGGUCUGUUCAGAACAACUCUGUGAAGGAGAGUUUCUCUAGGAUUAUUAGGGAUCUGAAUGUGGAGAAAUCAGGUCCUAGCUCCUCUAAGUUCAGAGAUGGGUCUGAACACCACACGUCUGUGAAAGAGACUUCUUUUAGGGUUAGUGAUUUGGAUGUGGGGAAGAACUCAGUUCCUAGCUCUUUUGGGGAACAGAACACAUGUGUAAAGGAGAAGUGUUCCCCUGAGAUUGAGAUUGGAGAUUUGGAUGUGGAAAAAUCAGGUCCGAGCCCCUCAAAGUUAAGAGAUUUGUCUGAACCGAACACAUGUGUGAAGGAGAAGUGUUCCCCUGAGAUUAGAGAUUUUGAUAUGGAGAAAUCAGGUCCGAGCUCCUCUAAGUUAAGGGAUGUGUCUGAACAGAACACAUGUGUAAAGGAGAAGUGUUCCCCUGAGAUUAGAGAUUUUGAUGUGGAGAAACCAGGUCCGAGCUCCUCCAAGUUAAGAGAUGUGUCUGAACAGCACACAUGUGUGAAUGAGAAGUUUUCUCCUGAGAUUACAAAUUUGGAUGUUGGGAUAUCAGUUCCGAGCUCUUCUAAGUUAAGAGAGGUGUCUGAACAGAACACAUGUGUGAUGGAUAUGUGUUCCCCUGAGACUAAAGGUUUGGUUGUUGUAAAACCAGUCCCUGGUGAGAUAGAGAUUCUUUCAGAUUCUGAGUCUGAAAUUGGAGCCAGAGCUUCAGCCAAGAAGAAGCUUUUUGAGGACACUAGCAGAAUCGUAGAAUCUCUCAGUGAUGGUAAUAGCACAAGUGAAACUGAGGGAGAUGAAGAAGAGAAUGCAGAGAGUGCAGACAAUAACACCAAAGAUGAUAAAACAGUCCACUCCCUGCCUGAAGUUUUCACUUCAGAGAAAGCUAAAGAGGUACAAGCACCUGAAAGACCAUCUACAUACAGACCUGAAAUUCUCAGUUCAGUAAAAGCAAAAGAGGUGCAAGCACUUGAAAAACCAUCAAGACCUGAAAUCCAGAAUUUAGAGAAAGCAAAAGAGGUCCAAGCCAUCAACAGGUUGGGGUCGGUGAUACCUGCAGUUGCAGUUGCAGGGGGGUUGAAUAAGUCUGUUUUGGCUAAUGAACCAAUUGAUAAUCAGUCUGAUUCUUCUAUCAGCUCUGCAGAUAAAUCUGGAUAUGAAUCUGAUCCUUCUCUAAAAGACAAAGAAAUCAAGACUAAUAACAACUCGGAUUGGAGAGUGCUAAAUGGAAACCAUAGAGAAGUUGAUCUUUUCAGGCUGCUUGUGAACUCUGUUAGGGAUAAAGGUCAAUUAGACGAAGGAUAUGAAGAAGCAGAAGAACUAGUUUCUUCACCUGAAGACCAGUCUCAAGAACAAGGAAAUGAAGAUCUACGAAAAUAUGAUGAUGAUGGACUUCUAAUCAUUAGGCCACCACCAUUGAUAGAGAGAUUUGGUAUGCUGGAACCUCCAUCACCACCUGAGAUUUCUGAGUCAGAAUAA